AUGGCUUCUUAUUUUUCUUUGUCUGUUAUUCGAUUUCUUCUUCCAUUCUUUUUAAUUUCGCAAUUACCUUCCUCUUCUUCUCGUGGUAUAGUGUUUCAACUUGAGAGAGAUUCAUCAACCCUCCAAUAUAUGAUCAGAAUCAACCAAGGAACUCCUUUAACUGCAGUCAAAUUAGUUGUCGAUCUGGGUGGAACAUUACCCUGGAUUCUUUGUCAUAGGGGUGCCUACAACUCAUCAUCGAUUCGACCUGUCAAAUGCACUUCACAGCUAUGCUCUACAGCUAGCAAACCAGUCAAUAGUACUUGUAUCUUUAAAAAUGAUUGCAGCAUUUACACAAAUAAUCCAGUAACAAAUUCAGUCGUCAGAGGUGAGCUAGUGUCGGAUCUGGUGAAUGUUUUAUCUAACGAAGAUAGCAACGUCACCUUGGGAACACCGUUUGCUUCGUUACGUCGGUGUGCUUUCGGUUGUGCAACUACUGUUAAUAUCUCAGGUGGACUUGCAAAUGGUGCUAAUGGAGUGGCUGGUCUUGGGCGUUCGUCUGCUCUUUCAUUCGUUACACAAUUUGCGGUUGGAUUUCGAUUCUCCCGCAUUUUUGCUCUGGAUUUACACGACAACAUUCAGGAUGACAAAUUAAACCAAACGAGAGGUAAGAUUUAUUUUGGAGGUGGACCUUACAUUCAUUAUUUGUAUGGUUAUGAAGAUUGGGCAGACAGAGUUUUAACUUAUACACCAUUGCUCAUUAAUCCGAAAAGUAAAGAAGAAUAUUUCAUUGAUGUUAAAUCGAUCAAAGUACACGGAGAUACCGUACCAAUAAACAAAAAGUUGUUGUCCAUUAACAAGAAAACUGGAAUGGGAGGAACGAAGAUCGACAUACAAAUUCCUUAUACUACUUUGCAGACAUCAAUCUACGAGGCCUUUAUCAAAGCUUACACUAGAUGGGUUGAACGCUAUAACAGUGCUAAUGCCAAAGUGCGUGAUUCAACCCCGAACAUUACUAUGGUUACUCCGGUUGCGCCAUUUACUGCCUGUUAUAACUCAUCCACCAUGCCACUUGUCACAGAAUUCAAUUCAGUGCCACCAGGUGUGGCUUUCAUCUUUCACCAUAGUGUGUGGAACAUCUCUUUGUAUGAUCUUGUAAGAGUUAAAAAAGGUGUGGACUGUGUGGGAUUUGUUGAUGGAGGUUCAAAGCCGAAGACUUCCAUAGUCAUUGGUGCACGACAGAUUGGUUUCCUAGAGUUUGAUAUUUCAAGGUCGAGAUUGGGGUUCGAGCAACCAAAUAUUAUUGAUUACGAAGUAUGUUACUGGUGCCCGCCAGAUGGGCGUCCUAUUGAGCCACCAAAUAUUAAGGAUUAA